GUCCUAUACAGGUCCCAAGAACAGGUAAAGUUGCUACUGCGCACGUUGCUGGUCCCCCUCUUCUUCGCAGUUGGCCCGCUCUUUUCUCACCUGGCCCUCAAAGUGGUGGCAUCGGUGAAGAUGAGCGAAUUGGUGAGAACCCUCGGGUUCCUUUUCUUGCUCUUCUACAUCACUUUGUCCUCCACAUUCACGGAGCCCUUCCGGUGCAACCUGCAUCCCAACGGGGUUUUGACCCUGGAAGCAAACCAUGAGGUCUUCUGUAGCUUCUCUGGCACUCAUCUCACAAUGUGCGUGAUCAGCGCCGUGGUGUGCCUCCUCCCACUUAGUUUCCUAGCCAUCUGCUCCUACGUGUUGCUGGUCCUGCUACCUCGCAUUCACCAAGCAGAUGCAGCACUGAUUCGCGCCUGCUCCUUCUUGAUCGUGAGAUUCAAGCCAGGCUUCGAGAGUUUCACCAUCCUUUUCUUGAUGCGGAAUUUGAUCUUCGUCCUCGCACCCAUGAUGUCAGCUUCAGGCUGUCUCUUUGUCAUGGGCCAACUGCUUGGCUUGAGUGCAGUAUGCGUGGCCUAUUUCAAGCCUUGGCGAUCACCUUUGGCUUCGCAGAUGGAUGCGAUCGUAAGCUUUGUGCUGCUCAUGAUCUUGCUUCUCAGUGCACUCACGGUGGCAGAUAUCGAUACUACGGGGAUCAUGAUCCUCUGCACGAUCUGUGCCUCUUUAAUUAUCACUGGACUUUCCGUUGCGGCAGGCUACUUGCUGCUGCAGCAUUUUCUGUCGAAGCUUCACAAGCAGUAU